AUGUCAUAUGCAAACCAAUAUAAUUACCAGGUCGCGGUGAUUUUUGCCAUUCUACUCGGUGGUGUUCUGUUAUUAGCGCUUGUAGUAGGCGGAAUCUAUUUCGUCUGUGUGAAUAAUAUGCGAGAUGACGAAAAGAAGCGUCUACACUCGGGCCGAAAUUCCACCACAGCAUGGCCGACACAAGCGCCAUCCUACAGCAGCGCUCCAUACCGAGCAGCGCCGACUACAACAGCUGUACUUACAACACCUACAGCAGUUCAGAGCUAUGAUUUUGCACCACGUGGAUCAGCAGCUCAAUCACCGACGCAUAUAGCACCAGCCCCUCAGUACUCCUCACAAGCACCACUUGUGACGCCGACACGAGUUGAAGAGUUCGGGCCCUCCAGCCAAUAUCGACCACUUCAACCUGACGUCAUUUACACACAGGGACCAACCGGCUACACUCAAAGCACACCAGUUGAAUAUACGGUGCAAUCAUUCCCUACCUAUCAUCAAUCUUCAGUUUGA